CCCACCCAGCUCCCCAGGCAGGCGGCCUGUGAACUUGGCUGCCAAGCUUGUGGCGGACGUGACGCCAGGCCAGGCCAGAGCAGCGCGGGCACCCUCGCUCAGGGUGCCCCUCGCUCAGGGAUGGGCCGGCAGGCUGCAGCUGGCAGGUUGGUUCUGAUGCUAGUCCUGAUGCUGUCCGCGAAGGCCGGGAGUGGAGCAUCGGCGAGCGCCGAGGAUCCUGAGCCACCCUCGGUGCCUGUGCCAACGAAUGUUCUAAUUAAGUCUUAUAACUUGAACCCUGUAGUAUGCUGGAAAUACAAGAACAUGUCGCAGACUCCUGUUUUUACUGUACAGGUAAAGAUGUAUCCGGAUUCAUGGACUGAUUCCUGCACUGACAUUUCUGAUCAUUGCUGUAACAUCUAUGAACAAAUUACGUAUCCUGAUGUAUCUGCCUGGGCCAGAGUUAAAGCUAAGGUUGGACAAAAAGAAUCUAACUAUGCCCGGUCAGAAGAGUUUAUUAUGUGCCGAAAGGGAAAAGUUGGACCGCCUGGCCUGGACAUCAGAAGGAAGGAAGACCAACUCAUUGUACACGUGCUUCACCCUGAGGUCGUUGUAAACGGAAAAAGUCAGGGAACCAUGUUUGGUGAUGGAAGUACCUGUUACACAUUCGACUAUACUGUGUAUGUAAAACAUAACAGGAGUGGGGAGAUCCUACAUACAGAACAUACAGUUGAAAAAGAAGAUUGUAAUGAAACUCUGUGUGAGUUAAACAUCUCAGUGUCCACGCUGAAGUCCAGUUACUGUAUUUCAGUAGAUGGACUCUCAUCUUUCUGGCAAGUUAAAACAGAAAAAUCAAAAGACGUCUGUAUCCCACUUUUCCAUGAUGACAGAAAAGAUUCCGUCUGGAUUCUGGUUGUUGUUCUUCUUGUCCUCUUUACAAAAGUCGUCCUAUUACUUGCAUGUUGCUAUAUUAAGAAGAAUCCAUUUAAGAGAAAAAGCAUAAUGUUACCUAAAUCCUUGCUCUCUGUGGUAAGAAAUGCCACAUCAGAGACAAAACCUGAUUCUAAAUAUUCACUUGUCACCUCGUGCCAGCCAGCUGUCCUAGAGAGUGAGACCGUGAUCUGUGAAGAGCAUUUGUCCACAGUGACAGCACCACACAGCCUAGGAGCAGAAGAUGAAGAACUUUCAAAAGAAACAGAGGCUAUGGCUACUGAAGGAAGCACUUCUCCCAUGACCCCCGACAGCCCUCCUACUCCGAUACAGAGAGGCAGUUUCUCCCUGUUAAGCAGUAACCAGUCAGGCCCGUGUAGCCUCACCACCUAUCACUCCAGAAACGACUCUGACAGUGGCCUCAUGGGAUCAGGUAGCUGCAUAUCUGACUCUGAAUCGCUCCCAAACAACUCGGAAACAGAGAUGCCAGGGCGAGACCCCUCACCUGUGCGCAAGGCCCCCACUUUCUCUGGUUAUGACAAACCACACACGCUGGUGUCCGUGAUUGUGGAUGGUGGUGGGAAGGAGUCUCUGAUCGGGUAUAGACUCGCAGGAGAUGCCCAGGAACUGUCCUAAGGCCUCCUGAGACCUGCCUGUGGUGGAAGAACUGACGUCUUAGGCAGUUUUUCUGCUUUGAUUUCAUGAAAGAAGUUGUACGUUAGCUAAUACUAACCACACAGAAUAUCCAAUUUAGAUCCAUGAAUAAGGAACCUGUGGGCACUGCUGGGUCCACUCUGCAAACGCCAAGGCUGUCAAAGGAGUGUAUUGCUGCUUAUGAACUCCUCUCUGCAGGGGCUAGCUGUGAGUUUCCCUCUCCCAGCCCUGCUGCCUGCGGCCGCCGCUCCUCCACCCUUAUCGCCUCAUGGGACACAGUGGGCCUUUUUUUCCACACGCCUUUGUAUUUGUAAGUUCAUGUAUAUAAUAUGUUUACAUGUUUCAUGUCACAUGUAAGUUCAUGUAUAUAAUAUGUUUACAUGUUUCAUGUUACAUGUAAGUUCAUGUAUAUAAUAUUUUUACAUGUUUCACUUUGAAGGGAAAGCUGAAAGCUACUCAAAGUUUACCUAGAGUUUGGUAGGGCACAUCUGUGGGAGCUUGUACAUAUUUUUUAUGGAGCAUUACUUUUAUUUUUAAGUAAAAUGUUUUGAAAGCAAAA